UAUCUCCAAGGAGAAAAGUUUCGUCUUCUUUUCAAGGUUCAUAUCUGUGGAAGGACUUUCCGAAGUACCAAAAACAAAAACGUCUGUGGACGGAAGAGAACCAAUGGACGCCUUUCCAGCUGGAUGGUUAUAUGAUCUGGGAAUGGAAGAUCAAUAUGACAUCUCAAUAGAUGAGUUCGAUUUCCAGUCUUUCUCUCCCGAAAGCUAUAAAUCAUCUCUCAAUUCGACUGAACUUGAACAACUCGAUACCAAUAUUUGGAACACUAGUCGUGCCACUGAAAAUAUAGCUCCAAAUGAGUCUUCUACUCCUCCCUACUUGCUAUCUUUCGCGCAAUCAGACUCACCUUCGGCCCAUUCAGCAGAGCAAUUUAAUGAAAAUCCCAGCCGUAGUGAAAAGCCGAAGGAUCAUGAGAUGGUGCCUGAAGAAAAUACAAACUUGUCGUAUUUAAGUUCACAUGGUUCGGAUGAUAAUUCAUCCGAUACAUUAGAAAGACGCAAGUGGACUAAAAGCGUUCGGGCCUUCAGCAGGCCACCAUUGCAAGCUAAAAAUCAUGUUGUGGCAGAAAGAAAGCGUCGAGAAAAGCUGAAUCAGAAGCUCAUAGCUCUCUCAGCCCUUAUUCCUGGUCUAAAGAAGAUGGACAAGGCUUCUAUCCUUGUAGACGCCACAAACUACAUUAAACAGCUGGGAGAAAGAGUGCAGACACUAGAGCGAGAAGCCAAGAAAAUAAUAUUGGUGGAACCAACUAAACCUUCUGUGAAAAGAUUUCGACUCUCUUCUACUGAUAUUAAUGGAACUUGUUUAUCGGAUGACAACAUUGAUGGAAACUCCAACAACAUUAAUCAAUCUCCUGAGAUAGAAGCAAGAGUUUCAGACAAACAUGUGCUGGUUAGGAUCCACUGCAAGAAACAAGAUGGUCUCAUUGCUAAAAUAUUGAGUGAAUUAGACAAGUUUUGUCUCGAUGUCAUUAGUAGUAGCACCAUGCCAUUUGGGGAUACUGCCCUUGAUAUCACCAUUAUUGCUCAGAUGGGUGAUGAAUUGAAAGUGAAGGAUCUUGUGAAAAACCUAAGUUCGGCUGUUCUAAAGUCUGUAUGACACAUGCAUUAAUUCAAUCGAUUUCACUUUGGACAUUGCAUUUAGAGAUUCCCUAAUCUUUCUUGGUCGUGUCUUUGCUCUCUGAUUCAAUGUUCCAUUGUUGUAAAAAUGGCUUUUAUGAUGUGAUGAGAAAGGGUUUUCGUGUUGGGAUGGUCA